CCCAGAAUGCACUGCCACAGCGAUUGGAUUGGGGAGCUCGCUGCCUCCCAUUCCAUCGUCACCUGUUAGCGUUCAUGUUGCACAUUUUAACCAACUGUAAGCGGUGGUUUUAUGAGAAAUCAGCGGCGCAAUUUGCCAUUUAAACAAAAAGUUACUGUAAACAUUUGUGUUUGAGAUUAUAUCGUGAACUCGCUAGUUUAUAUCCCCGAGUACGGCGGCCUUUGCGGGUCAAUACACUUAGGUUAUCGGUGAUUGAGAAUUAUCAUUGGUAAUAAACAAUAUGGAACGUUGACUGCCUUGUGAGGUAAGGCACAUUUUCAAACAGGCCUCUCAAAAGGUUUUAUGUUACAAUUUUUCAUAAACACCGGGUAUUGCGACUAGACAUGGCAGCCACGUGACACAGAAUAAAACAACACCGCAGCGUCGUCAACGGCGUAGCCACGUGAUAUCAAACCACAUGUACCACAACAGUGACAUUUCGUUUCACUCUUUGUUUUGCACCAAUGACACCAUAAAGGCUCAUGUCUUGUUGGGAGGCUGGAAUGGUAUUAAAAGUUAAAGCGUGCCUGCUUUGGGGGUUGGUAGGCUGCUUUGUUUUGUUUUGUUGUACUGCGAGGAGGCGAUGAGUGCAAACCAGCCGGACUCUGCAGUACAGAGUGGGAGUGAAGCCAAUACUUUAAGGUGUAACAACGAAGCACGUCAACCGUGCGCCCUCCCUACAAUCUUCCCUGGAUCGAGGAAGUUCCAUGCACACCAGACUUUGGAGGACAAAAGGUCGACUCCACAUAGAAGAAGUGAAGAUUGCAGGUUGAAAUUGCCUCCAAUAGGUGAGGUGAAGACCUGUCACCUGGCGGCGAGGCACAGCCUCAAUGAUCUCAAGAACAAAAACGGCGACUUGCAGCUGCAGUUGAUAGUAGUCAAGACGGAGACCAGACUGCUGAGGAAUGUUCUGCACCGCCACUCGGCUGCUCUGGAGCAAUAUCAACACUUGGAGGGCAGCAUUUGUGAGAUACAAGACAGCCACAUAAGUGAGGUCAAGGCCAUGCGGAAAAUGCUGGGCGAGACGCGCAACAGCUGCGAUGUUCUGGGAAAGAAGCUGCAGUUCGCUGAAAAGGAGCUGUUUGACUCUCGGGAAAAGAUCCAGCAGCUUGAAUCGCAGAUCUUGCAGAACCCUACCUUGCUGGAGAAGGAAGCGCUCAGCCACCAAUUGGAAGAAGCCACCCAAGACCUGAAGGAGAAGGACAAGCGGAUAUGGUAUUUGGAGAGGAGUAACAAGUUACUGCAGUGCACACUCCACCGCCAUGUAGCAGCAGAGCAAAGGAAGAUAUCCAGGAGCAAUGAGGUUUUCUACUGUCUGCAAGCACAAGUUUAUGAUUUAUCCAAAAAAAUUGAAGAGCGAAAGAGAGAGGUCAGAAACCACAACAUUUCAGCUCUUAGAUUCCAAGUUGUCACGGACAAAAAAGACACCAAAAAUAAGAUGAUUCAGACGGACAAAAUAGUCUCUGCACCCAAUGAGGCUGACAGUUGGCUGAAGUUCGGCCAUUCUGAACCAGACGACGAUCACAGCUCAUCCAGCACAGAUAACUUGCCACAGAGGUCGUUAGCAGUUAAAUACUUCAAGAGGGAUGUGCAGCGUAAUCGGAAGCUUGCAGACUUGAAGGAACCCUGUGAUCCUCCAAUCGUUGGAGACUAUUUUGAAGGAAAGGACAUAGCCGAUACCUCACAGGGGUCCGAGGAAGAGGACCAAGAGGAGGACCGGACGAACAAAUGUCCGGGCUCCUGCAGAUUUGCUCACUCUAUCAUCACAACUCUGCCCAAGGAUGGGAAAAAAGCACACAGCAGCAGCCAGUUCAGACGGAAGUACAUCUACUCAGCAGCGACUGAGAACCUGCACAUGGGGAAGCCAGCCUACAGCAAUUUGGACCAGCAGGGGUCUCCCAAAGACACAGGAGAGACACUCGGUGAUCUGAGUCGUACACAACCACCAGCUGAGAAAUCGGGAGUAACUGCAGACAAGGAAGACGACCAGGCUACUCUGUCGGAUGACAUUUCCAGUCCUUUUAGCCGUUAUUCAUACUUGAAUGGAUCACACUCUUCGGCUUGAACAGACCAAUGUCUCAGUAUCACGGAAUAAAAUGUGUUGACAUGACGACUGAACACAAGUAUUGAUCCUUUUGACUCUCUGGGGGCAACGUAGCUCUUGCUCGUGUACCCAAUAUACAGCACAGACUCGA